AUGUACAGUGUGAGGGUGGGCGCGGUCAACAGGGCAGGGGCGGUCGCCACCUAUGACACGAACGGGGUGUUGCUGGACAACACUAAGCCUGAGAUGCACUGGGUGUACGUGGGAAUAUUUGCCGGAAGUGACGAAGACUUCAUUGACGGUUAUGUCAUACAGUCUGACCCAGCAGGUAUCAAAGCCACGUGGCUCGGUGAUGACACAGAGAGCGGUAUAGCGGGGUACCACGUGGCCGUUGGCACCACAGCAGAGAGCAACGAUAUCCUGGACUGGACAGAUGUUGGUCCUGACAAAGACAAGUAUAUAUCCGGCUUGACCCUCAACAUCACUGACCCGGUCACCUUGACCCCUGUGUAUUACGUGAAGGUCAUGGCCCGUAAUGGCGCCGGGAUGCACAGCGCCAUAAUGACGUCACAUCCAAUCAGAGUCGUUGAUCAAGACAAACCAGGUAUUGUCAUCGACGGUGCCGCCGCUACAGAACGCGUGGACUACAUUGGUGUUGGCGAAGACAGUGACUACCAGAAAGACGCGGGAGUUGUGACGGUACAGUUUGCCGGCUUCGAGAGUCAUGAACACGGUGUCACGUACUUCGACUGGGCUGUAGGCACGACACCUGGUGGCGAGGAGGUGCAACCUUUCAUCAUGGGGGGCCUCAUUCACGAGGAGUCGGAGUCGGAUGUCCCUGGGAAUGGUUUGGCCAGCACGGGGUUCGGCCAGGCGGUCCUUCCUCUGGAAUCGGGUGUGAAGUACUACACCACUGUCCGCGGUAUAACGAACGGAGGAAACAUUCUAGAAUCUACAUCGGAUGGAUUCAUGGUUGACCAAACUCCGCCCACAAUACAAUUAGAAAGCUUCGCCCUGGAGGAAAAUCUCACUCAGCUUCUACCGGGAGCAGCCUUGUACCAGUCAGAGGUGGACUCGCUGUCGUCAGCCUGGAAGGUCAAGGACACCGACUGUCCAAUCAAGAAAGUCUAUUUCUCCGUCGGGACGUACCCAUACGCCGCCGAUGUCUACAACGUGACUGAGAUACAGUCUUUAACUGGGGAUGGGACGCUCCCCACUGGAAUAAAACCUACGGCUGAUGGAAGACCCAACAUCCUCACCAUAACAGCUGAAAAUGAAGUUGGGCUGUCAACGAGGAUUAUCUCCCCUUCCCUUAUUGUUGACGUAACCCCGCCGACAGAGGGCGUGGUGAAGUGUCCGGCAUUUAUUCAGCCACUGUCACAUGGGGAGUGUACAUGGACCGGUUUCCAUGACGACGAAAGUGCAAUAGAGUCCUUUGAGUUCUCCAUGGGGUCUGAAGAAGGUCUGGAGGACGUGAUCCCUCCCGUGUCGCUGCCGGUACACACAAAGAAGUUCCUCAUACAAGAGGAGAGGUUGGCGUACGUGUAUUGA